AUGUACAUUAGGGAGGUACCUGAUGAGGUAGAUCACUGUAUUGCUCAGGGAAUAGCUACUCCGAAAGCAAGGGUUUCAAAUUCCCUCGAAGAGGGCACAACUACAUAUGGAGAUUUCCUCCUUCCGUUUAAGACAGGUGCUUUUCUAUCCAAAACGCCAGUCCUUCCAAUGAUCCUGAGAUAUCCUUACGAAAGAUUUAGUCCGGCAUGGGACACUAUAUCUGCGGUCCGCCAUGUAAUUUUGCUUCUUUGUCAAUUUGUAAAUUAUAUGGAGGUGAUCUACCUACCCAUCUACUACCCUUCAGAGCAAGAGAAAAAAGACCUGAAACUCUAUGUAAGUAAUGUACGAAAGCUAAUGGCUAGGAAGAUUCGUGAUGAAAAUUAUUGCAAACUCCCACCUCAAAUCAAGCUUCGGAAUCACGCUCUCGCUCCCUCUUCCUAGCCAUUUAUACUUACUAACAUUUUGAAACAGACGCUUCCCGGCUUCCUCACCUGAAUAUAUGCUACUUUGCUUCAUGCUCCAUGCUUCAUGCAACCACACUCUGGCUGCCAACCUAACGCAACCCUCCUUUAUCUAGGCAUGAGACUGGCAAAGAGAGCACAAAAACUCCCAUAGACGCAUGCAAUAGAGUAUUACAUGGUUUGAUUACAAUCAACGAGUUAACAAAAUUUUAUUUAUUUAAUUAGUAGAUAUUGAGCCAAGUCAUGUAAAGAUUCAUCUGAGUCUUUGAGUCAACCUAACCCAUUUGUGUUGGAUAUGGGCCCUGGAGGCCCACUUGUGGGUAG